UUGCUACCUGGCAGGAAAGUUCACAAGAAUUUUACAAAGAAAUCAACCAGAUUUGAACAUCAAUGAAACUGAUAUAUUGUGUGUGGAAAUAGCUGGUUUAUGUCGUGGAUUAGGGAACGGACCAUAUUCACAUAUGUUUGAGGACACGUUUAUGCCAGAAAAAUCAGGGAAAAAGAAUUGGAAUCUGAAAGAAACGUCGCGCAAAAUGUUUGAGCAUAUUCUUGAAAAGAACAAAGACGUCGCAGAACUGUUUAAGAAAUACGGUUUAGGUGACCCUAGCGAUGAGGACAAUACGGACGUUGGUUUCAUUAAAGAAAUGAUCUACGUUGAUAAAUAUGACGAAAAAGGAAAACCAAUAUACAGAGGAAGGGGAGCAGACAAAGCAUUUUUAUAUGAGAUCAUUGCAAACGAAAGAACUGGUAUAGCGGUGCACACGUUUGACUUUCUAGCAAGAGACUGCCACCAUCUUGGUUUUCGUAACGUCUUUGACCACUUCCGUUACAUGAAGUUUGCCAGAGUUAUUCCCGUGGAUGGAGUAGGACAGCUGUGUGUCAGAGAUAAGGAGAUUACGAAUUUAUACAACUUGUAUUUUACCAAGUAUACACUGACUAAGUAUGCUUACAGGCAUAAAGUAAACAUUGCUGUUCAACUCAUGUUGGCAGAAAUAAUGCAAAAAGCUAACAAACAUUUGCUGUUUCCCAAAUCAGUAACAACCGGUAAACGAUGUACCAUAGAAGAAUGUGUAGAUAAUAUGGAAGCUUUUACUGAGCUCGAUGACAAUAUUCUGCAUUUGAUUUUGCACUACAAAAUUCCCGAAAAUACCGACAAUGAAGAAAAACGGAGGGAUAUGAACGAAGCAAAAAUGUUAGUGCGAAAGAUAUUAAGCAGGAAUUUAUAUUACUGUGUCUGUGAAAGCCAGCCCCUUGAUAAAGAGAAACUUGAGAGCGUCGAAGAAAUAACGGACAAAAUUCAAAGCCUUGGCAAAGAUUUCACGUCAUCUGACAUUAUCGUGAAGAAAAUCUCAUUCGACGUUGGAAACUACAAAAACGAUCCACUGAAAUCUAUUUAUGUAUAUAAGAAACAAAAACCCGAUAAACCAAGACUUCUGAAACAACAAGAGACAAGCAGAAUUUUGACUUUGGUGGAAUGUUCCGAAGAAUUCGUUAGAAUUUAUAUUCGUGAAAGGAAUAAAGAUCUAGAGAAAAAUAUAUAUGAUGCUUUUAUAAAAUGGAAGCUGUAUAUGAAGGAAAAGGAUCAGCCGAGCUCACCUGAUAUUUGUACAAAUCCAACAACAGGCAAGUACACAACACAAAUACUUUUACUAUAA